CUAUCUGUCGGAGAGCUUCUCACCAUAUCAACUCACCAUCAAAUCAUUUCUGCGUUUUUGUUAACUUUGUGCGUUUUGUGAUUUGUGUUUUGAACUGUUCACCAUGGAAACGAUGAUCGCUAGUGCACCAUCGGAUAACAUGAACUUGGAUUCCUUAUAUAUGGGAUCUAAAGGAUCACCACCAUCUUCUUCAAGAAUUUUGGAUAUUCCAUGCAAAGUGUGUGGUGAUUUUUCUUCGGGAAAACAUUACAAUAUCUUCGCUUGCGACGGAUGCGCUGGUUUCUUCAAAAGAUCUGUCCGUCGCAAUCGUCAAUACGUCUGUAAGGCUAAAGCCGAAGGAUCCUGCAUAGUUGAUAAAACUCAUCGCAAUCAGUGCCGUGCUUGUAGACUAACCAAAUGCCAAGAAGCAGGAAUGAAUAAAGAUGCUGUUCAACAUGAACGAGGACCUCGCAACUCCACCCUCCGCCGCCAACAGAUGGCCCACUUCUUUGAUCCCCGCGAUCGCAUGAUGAUCUCCCCCACAGGCGCUCUGGAUCUUGCAAUGCCAAAACAAGGAUCCUCGCCUCCGAUGAUGGAGCAGCCAAUGAUGGCUCCAGCAGCAGCGUUCAUGUGCAAUCCUGCCGCGCUCAUGACGCGCAUGCCUUUCCACAUGCCCCAAUCGCAACUCAUCCACCCUAUGCUUUCCCCUGCGGCAAUCUGCGAAUCCGCUGCGCGCCUGCUCUUCAUGAACGUCAAGUGGACCAAAUCAGUGCCGACCUUCAACGCUCUUCCUAUGCAGGAUCAACUUCUCUUGUUGGAAGAAUCAUGGCGGGAAUUGUUUAUUCUCGGCGCUUCUCAACUUCUUCCCAUGGAUUUGACUUCACUGGUUCAAGCAUGUGGAGUUUUGGAACGUGAUCAAGAUCAUGUCGUAGGAUUCCUUCAUGAUGUUAAAGAAUUCCAAGAAACUUUGGCGAAAAUUGCAAGUUUUCAUCUGGAUCCGCAUGAGUAUGCAUGCCUGAGAGCUAUUUUAUUGUUCAAAACAUCUUUUGAUAAGCCAACAAGCAGUGCAAGCAGCGUUUCAAGCACUUCUAGUAACGAUACAAAAAUGCUGAUUGAUCCCACCUCGAUUGCUGCUGUGCAGGAUCACACGCAGCUCACGUUGCACAAAUACAUCUCAGCAGCGUAUCCCGCACAACCGCUGCGAUUUGGAAAAAUGCUGAUGUUGCUGCCACAACUGCGAGGAGUACCAGGAGAUGUCAUCGAGGAGUUAUUCUUCAGGAAGACUAUUGGACCUAUUCCAAUUGUUAGGAUUAUCAGUGACAUGUACAAAUCCCAAACGCCGGAAACCAACAUUUAAA